UGUGAAAAUUGCAAUAAUUCAUUCGCGUCCUCCUUCUCCUUCACCACCGUGUCUUUUCGCCUCCUUCUUCCUCUGUUUAGAUACAAACUCUCUCCCGAGCGUGCGGUGCACGCACGUCGCGCGCUCUGAGUUCUUCGCUAAGGAAUCCCGCCCGUGUUCCAUUCAUGAAAAAAAAAAACCGUCUCUCCGUUGCGGAUCGGUAACGGCGAAUUGGGAGGUUAUGUUGAUCGCGUGUAAAAUUACAUUGUUACAUUCGUAAUAACAUUAUCUUCGUCGCGUCAAGGUGUUAUUUCGGUAAACAUGUGUUGUACGUGAUUUGUGUGUGUGUGUGUGAGAGAGAGAGAGAGAGAGAGAGAUAGCUUCGUGUUUACACGCGCGCGAGCGAAGCGUCGCGCACGGUGUGUGUCUCGUUUUAUUCGAAAAAGAAGGACGGAGUGUUGUGAAUAAAUUACUGUCGACUUUGCACUCUCGUCGCGGUUUUUAUUUGUAUUUAAUGUUUAGAGACGUUUCGCUGUUUACCGAGAGCGUUAAAAAUCGCACCUGCGAUCGUUCGUUUAAAAUUUAAUUAAAUAAACGCGACAAACGCGAUUUUUUUUUUUUUAUCAAGGUUUCGCGCUCGCUCAAGUUUCUCGGUUUCGCGGAAUGUGUGUGAUGAAACGUCGUUAUUGUUGUUUCAGACGCAAGUAUAUCAAAACGGAAACACACGCACACACACACAUACUCUUCCAGAAGUAACAAGAUUCUCAUUAAAUGCUUCCGUCUCACAACUCUUGGUCUCUCUUUGAUUAAAUACACGCCAAAGAUAUAAGAGAAAACAAAAAACAACGGAAACAUGGAUAAGGGACACGGUGCUACCUACGCAGGAGGUGAUAACCACCUACUCGAAUACUGGGAGGAAUAUCAGAAAAUGAUAGAGGAGACGAAGCUGUUGGAGGAUUACCUAGAUGAAGAAUGCGGCCCACGAAAUUAUGACGAAGGAGAAGAAGAGGCGGAAUGGUUGCGCGCAGCGGGUUUGGCGGAAUUAACAGAAGCUUGGAAAGCAGGUAGGGAGGUACAACCUGAAGAAUUGGGUGCAGCCUUGCGUCCUCUCUCGCGAGCUCAAGCCGAAGCUGUGAAACGUCGAGUGCGAUCGCUUAAUCACACGGUUAAGCAACGUUUCAAUCAGCGUCAGCGUGUUCGCAAACCGGACAUUAGAGACGUUUUCAAAGAUGUAGAGGUAUCUAGCACGGGUACGAGAUCGCGCAGCGCUACUCCUGAUUCAUUAGACUCGAUUCCCGGUGCCACUUCAGAAAAUGCAUCACCUCCCUCACCUCCGACGGUACCUGUAAUCGAGGACGCGCAUCAAAAUGCUUGUGUGCCGAGUUUCGUGUCCAUAUUUCAUCGAAAUGAGGGAAAAACAACCGUUCGCAGAACACCGAGUGGUCCACAAACGGUUCUCAAUCCCGUACCAGUAUCUACCCCCGCACCUGUACCUGUGCAGGAAAUUUUUAGAAGAACGGGUCACUGGUCGAGGGGAGAUGUCGCAAAUGAUUCCGAAGGAAUUCAACUGACUAGCUACCACAGACUGGGAACAGUUCACAUCGCCAGGCCCGUUCAGAGGCACAACAGCGAUCUUAAGGAUGUAGCAAAUGCGGUGCAUUUAGAUACCGAAUCCGUUAGGAAAUUGACAGUUCCGAAGGACUCGUCUCUUCGUCGGACUGCGGGAAGUCACGCCACGGUAACCCGAAGUCAUAGUAGUUUAUACGGCCUAACCAGACCGGCAGAGGAAAAUCUGAUAGCUCGUCCGCUAAGUCGCACAUCGUCUCACGGUCAUCUCAGUUUCGAGGAGAUGUGCAGAACCAAUGAGGCCGAAUCUAAAGUCUGGUCCUCCGACGGUCUGACGGCCGAUGACGAUUAUGCUCGGCAAGGUGUGGAAUUAUUAUCGCAACGUGAUCUUACGAGGUUGCAGUCUCUCUUGUGGCUUGAGCUGACGUCGAUUUUUGACACGUACAAUUUGCCGCUCACAAGACGAAAACCUAAUAAACGGCGGCGAAAAACGGGAAAUUUAUUUGGUGUUUCUCUGUCGACGCUACUGCUCAGGGAUAGCCAGUUAACGAGCGAAGAAAAUAAUAUACCGUUAGUGUUCCAAAAGAUUCUCGCUGAACUGACGAAACGCGGGGUGAAAGAGGAGGGUAUCCUUCGUGUCGGAGGUCACAAGCAAAAAGUGGAAAUGAUCUGUACGGAGCUGGAAACAGAUUUUUAUUGCAAACCAAACGAGAUGGACAAGUUAUUCAAGCGCACUCCGUGUCACGAUUUAUCGGCAGUUUUGAAGAGAUUGUUGCGAGACUUGCCGCAGCCUCUUCUAACUGUCGAGCUGAUCGACGCUUUCUAUCACAGUCACGGUGUGAAGAAUUACAACAACAUGGUGUACUCUCUGAAUCUGCUGGUGCUCUCGCUGCCCGUUGAACAUCGGUGUACUUUGGAGGCGCUGUUGAAUUUCUUGAAACUGGUCAUUGAGAAUCAGUCGUUCAACAAAAUGUCGAUCCACAACGUGGCGAUGAUUGUGGCACCGUCGCUUUUUCCGCCACGCUACGUUUAUCCCCGGGACCGUUCCGAUCUGACCGCCCAAGUCAAUAUGGCCGCCAUAUGUUGUCAGGUAACGGAAACUCUGCUUAAUAAUGUCGAUAAGCUGUGGUAUGUGCCAACAAAGCUCAUAAAUCAAUUACGAAGGCAAUCGGGAGGAGUCGAGAGAUAUCGCAAGUAUAAGAAGAAAUAUUACUGAUCGUGAUUAGAUAAAAGGUAGAUUAUUAUCGCAUACUUUUACAAACUUCGAUUGUUUGUGUUAAUGCAUAAAUUAUGUUACGUGUUAACAACACAUCGAAGUUUACAAGGAAACUUCCUUAGGUGAUUAAAAAAAAAAAAAAAAAAA